AUGGCGGGGGUCGCCUCCGCCUCCGCCGCCCCUCUCCCCGCCGCGCCCGCCUCCAACCCCGCCGCCCGCUCUCCCCCCUCAUUCCUCCCGCUCCGCGCCCGCCGCCUCCGCAGUCCCGUCGUCCUCGCCACCAGAACGUUCCGGGCGGAGGCGAUUAGGACGCAGCGGGAGAAGGCGGAGCAGGAGACGGAGGUGUCUGCCAUCGAGGACUCCUUCCCGGUCAGGGAGGAGGCCAGCCCUCCUCCUGAAGGAGCCGCCGCCGCCGCCGAUGACCCGCUGUCUCCCGCGGAAGACGACGACGGCUGGGCCGUCAGGCUCGAGCAGUCCUUCAACAUUUUCCUCACGGAUUCUAUCAUCGUGAUACUCGAUGCUCUGUACCGCGACCGCGACUACGCCAGGUUCUUCGUGCUCGAGACCAUCGCCAGGGUGCCGUAUUUCGCGUUUAUAUCGGUGCUUCACCUGUACGAGACCUUCGGCUGGUGGAGACGAGCCGAUUACAUCAAAGUGCACUUCGCCGAAAGCAUGAAUGAGUUCCAUCACCUCUUGAUCAUGGAAGAAUUGGGUGGCAACUCCGUAUGGGUCGACCGCUUUCUUGCGCGGUUUAGUGCCUUCUUUUACUACUUCAUGACUGUCGCCAUGUACAUGCUGAGCCCAAGAAUGGCAUACCACUUUUCUGAAUGUGUCGAGAGGCACGCAUACUCGACUUAUGACAAGUUCAUUAAGCUCAAUGGAGAGGAGUUGAAAAAACUACCAGCUCCUGAAGCAGCUAUAAACUAUUACAUGAAUGAGGAUCUUUACCUAUUUGAUGAGUUUCAAACAUCAAGAGUGCCGUGUUCUAGAAGGCCUAAAGUUGAUAACUUGUAUGAUGUAUUUGUCAAUAUACGAGACGAUGAGGCGGAGCAUUGCAAGACAAUGAAGGCUUGUCAAACGCAUGGAAAUCUCCGUUCUCCUCACUCAGUGCCAAGAAGCAUGGAAACUGACACAGAAUGCGUAGUACUGGAAAAUGAUUGUGAGGGCAUCAUGGACUGUGUCAAAAAGUCUCUUGCAAGUGAAGAUUGACUGAGUAUACCGCCACAUAGAGCAUCGUAGA